GAGUAUUUCCAAGUAAUGUUGCAAGAAUACCCAAAAGUUAAAUUUAGAAACAGAAAGUGAGAAACUUCCUCAUCAGAUUCAUUGUCGGACUAGAGUAGUAGUAAUUGCAUAUACGUUGACGUUUACGUGUUGUUUUCAUACCGUUAUAAUGGAUCUUGAUGCAUUAAGCAAAGAGUUUAAAGAUUGGAAAACCGCAAGCAACUCGCAUCUGGAUCUGGUUGAUGUUGACAAUACGCCGAGGAGACUCAAUUUUCAAGUUCAGAAUACGGAUACAAGAUUUUAUAUUGAUGUCACAAUUGAUGACAAUCAGACGAAAUGGCAUGUGUGGAGUGACAGCGACUCAGUCUUGGUGAAGCUGCAGCCAAGUAUAGAGGAUGUGACAAGUGGUAAAGCGAUGUCAUUGGCUGAUAUUCUGACCAGCUGUUCUAAAGACUUGGAACAGGCUGAGGAUGACCAAGACAGGGAGAAGGAGGAGGAGGAGGAGGAGGUAGAAGAAGAGGAUGAAGAUGACGAUGAAAACGAUGAUUACUACAUUGAGUCUGAAGAGUUCCUGGAUGACAUUCAGGCUACCAUCAGCACUGGUCAUGAGGAGGGCAGUGAUGUGGAAUUGGAAGAUGGACCUGGAUUCUUUGGUCCAAUGAACACAGCAACAAGCACUGCCAUACAAAGACUUAAGAGAGAUUUAAAGAAUAUUCUCAAAGUUGGUCCUCAGUAUGGCAUUGUGGCAAAACCAAGGGGAGACAACCUAUUUUUGUGGGAUGUGCAGCUGACUGAUGUUCCGACUGACAGUCGGCUCGGCAAGGAUCUGCAGCAGUACUCAACAAAGUACAAGCAGGAGCCCGUUGUGAAACUGGAGAUGCAGUUUCCCCAGGACUACCCCUUCACCCCGCCAUUCAUCAGAGUCAUCAGUCCACGGUUCAAGUUCCUGACAGGUCACGUGACAAUUGGAGGCAGCAUUUGUAUGGAGAUGUUGACCAAGUCAGGCUGGGUGCCAGCUAAUGACAUAGAGAGCAUCUUGGUCCAAGUGAGAGCAGAGAUCAUGUCUGACCCUAAUGCCAGUCUCGACUCCAGCAGACCAAACGAUUCCUACACAGAACGUGAAGCCCGCGACGCCUUCAACCGAAUGGUCAGCCGAUACGGCUGGAACAAGUGAGUGGGUCAUGUGACCUGGACAGACUUCCCUUAAGGCAGGAACCUUGGACAUUAUGUGGUGUGAUGCAGGUCAAGAUCAUUUCAUCAGUCUUCAUGACAACUUCCUGCAGUGAUGUGAAUAAGCCAGGUGUUUCAGCCAUCUCUUUACAAACUUCAGCUUUCAUUUUGUUACAUCAGUUGUCUGUCCAGGCCUGUGGGAGAUGUUAAUCUGUGAUAUAGACAGGGAACAAGUACAUACCACUUCAUAUCAUGUCUAACAAAGGUGUCAUUGAUUCACCAAAAAUUUACACCUGACAAUACAAUGCAAGAUACACCUAACCAUGUAUCGAUUUUCAAUGAGUAUUAUUUUCAGUAACCAGGUCUAAUCACUAUUCAGGCUAGCGUUGAAUUACCGCCUCUCACAAAACAAAAUUCUAAAUCUGACUGCAUAUAACAAUCAGAGUACCAUGAUACAUAUCGAGUCAUGACCCAAGUAUCGUGAUAUGUAUCAAUACACAAGGUAGGCAUAUCAUGUUACUUCUAAUGCCAACAUCUGUAGCCUGAAGACCCAGUAUGACAUCAGUGACAUUGUUCCACGAUACAUAUUGAGUCAUGACCCAAGUAUCGUGAUAUGUAUCGAUACACAAUGUAGAUGUACCAUGAUCCUUCUAAUGCCAACAACUGUAGCCUGAAGACCCAGUAUGACAUCAGUAACAUUGUGCCAUGAUACAUAUCGAGUCAUGACCCAAGUAUCGUGAUGUGUAUCGAUACACAAUGUAGAUGUAUCGUGAUACUAGUAAUGCCUACAACUGUAGCCUGCAGACCCAGUAUGACAUCAGUAACAUUGUACCACGAUACAUAUCGAGUCAUGAGCCAAGUAUCGUGAUAUGUAUCGAUACACAAGGUAGUAUAUAUAUGACUAGUCUCUGAGGCUGCAUAAAGAAAUAAUGUUUCUCAGCCCCAAUUUUUAUCAAAAGUAAGGAGUUAGGUACAAUAUUUGUUUUCCCACCAUAAUACCACAUUGAUCCAUAAUUUGGCUUCAAACCCCCUGCCCCCCAUUACUUAAUCUGUCUGUGUGGAGCAUUGACUUCACACUUACAACACUUGGAAGGAAGUAGUAUCUACAUUAGUGUCAUAGACGAGGCUCACACACAUCCUGGUACCACAGUGGUAUCCAUCGGAGGAAGAACUGGGUACAUGAAAUAAAUCUAUUUCUGCUCUUGGACAAUACAAGUGUUACACUUUUUGACAUCAACAAAUAUAGGUUUGCUUUAUGUAUUUUUGUGACUAGUUUUACAUUGUGUAAACAGGAUAAAACAUUAAGUUUGAUUUGUACUUGCACAAUGUUAAAGAUUACUUCCCUUGUUUGGAGUUACCUCCCUUGCUCUGAAUGGCUUAAUGUGGGUGUUUAUAAGUCUAAGUAAAAAGAAUUCCAUUAUAGUGGAUAUUAGAAGUUAUUCAUGAUUAUAACCAUUACUGAUUACACAUUAUUGAUUAUUUCUCCAUUCUAUUGUAAUAUUAAGUACCAGGACACAUUUGCCACCAUAGUUUUAUUCCAGAAGUGACAUCAACAUUCUCAUCUCUCCAUCCUAUCCAAGCAGAGACCAUAUAUUAGUCUUUGGUCUCUGUUUUAGCAAGAAUUUCCUCGCUCAUGUGUGUUAUUUGUCUGGACAACUUUUAGCCUUGUGCCAAUUGAAUUGGGUUCAGAACAUAGCUAUGGUAACAAAUAGAUUCAGGGUAUGUAUCAUGAUAGAAUGGAGAUUAUAGUACUGGAUGUAUUGUCUCAAAAGAGAAACCUUGUAUUUGGGUGUUCUCUCUGUUCAUUUCAGUUAAUGAUUUAAACAUGGAUUGGGUGGUCAGCCUCGCUGACUUGGUUGAUGCAUGUCAUCAUAUCCAAACUGCGUGAAUCGAUGCUCAUGAUGUCAAUCACUGGAUUAUCUGGUCCAGACUAGAUUAUUGAUCGCCAUCAUAUAGCUGCGGUGUUAAAUAACAAACAAACAAACAAAAAACAUCUCAGAGAAUGUAUAUUUAUAUUGAAAAUAACUUUAAUGUGUUGAUAUUUCAUCUCGUAAAGCCUGCCUUGUAAAUAGCUCCACACAUUCAGUCAACUGUUCAUGACUCACUCAGGCUGCUUGUAUUUAUUAGCACACUUUGACAUCAUCAGUGUGACGUUACCUAUUAUCAUCGGCUUUGUUUGUCAAAGUAUGUCCAUUCACCUGUUAAACAACCAUCCUAAUAAGUGGUAUGUUAGAAUGAAUAACCAAAUAGAGAACCAACUUUUCUAUGGGAAAAUGAGAUUUAAUGACUGCAGAAAGCCUUCCUGUCGGUUAACUUGACAAUGUAGUGUCAGUAAUAUCCUCUAUUCAAUGAACAGUACAUAUAUCCUUAGGCUCAUACUACUGAUUCAUAACUAUGCUGGUCGUAAGAGGCUAACGGGAUCGGGUGGUCAGACUCGCUGACUUGGUUGAUGCAUGUCAUGGUAUCCCAAUUGCGUGGAUCGAUGCUCAUGAGAUCAAUCACUGGAUUGUCUGGACUCGAUUAUUUAGAGACCACCAUAUAGCUGGAAUAUUGAUGAGUGCCGCGUUAAACAACAAACCAACCAAACAAUCUUAUCGCUGACAUAGCACCUACUGUCUCUCUCAUUGAGUACUUUGUUUGGACUGUGGAGCGAUGCUCAUGAUGUCAAUCACUGGAUUGUCUGGUCCUGCCUUGAUUAUUUUCAGACCACUGUCAUAUAGCUGGAAUAUUGCUGAGUGAGAUGUUAAACAACAAACAAGCAAACAUAAAGAUAAAAUUUGUUAAUCCCGUUACGAUGGUUUUCUGCAGUUUUUUCAAAUAGAAAAGCUUUGAACUCUAGUUCAGAAGGCUUAAGCACAAUUUAUUCUUUUAAGGUUAGUGACUUUGAGUUUUUGAAAUAUGCCUCUGUUCACCCAGCAUUGAAUGGGUACCUGGUAGGAUGAAAUUGUAAUGGUGACUUUUUAUAUACAGCAGGGAGUUGAGAAUGAAAAAUGUCUUGACUGGGGCAACAAUGUAUCACUUUGAGCAGGGUGUGGAGUUGAUGCAUUACCAAUAGAAUAUGCACUACAACUACACUUUUUAAUGUGGUUGUGUCCUACCUCAUUUUAGCUUCUUUGUUCUAACAUAGCAAAUAUCCAUUCCAUGUGUUACUUUAUCAUCCCCUUGAAAGGGACCUGUCAACAAAUCCACCCUAACAUCCCUUUGAAAGGGGCCUGUCAACAAAUCCACGCUGGCAAACAAAAUAAAAUAAUAUUUGUUUUAAAUUUCAAAAACUCAAAAUGGCUGCCAGGCAAGAAGGAAAAAUAUAAUCUAACAUUACGGCCUUCGUGCAAAAUCUCUUCGACCAAAGGUGGGGUGUACCUUUGGUCUGGAAGUUUGUUAAAUACAGUAAACUACGUUUAUAACGAACACUAUAACCAACUGACCGAUAGAACAAACUUAUUUUUGAGUCCCGGACAUGUGUUGCAUAUAUGCUGUAUAUACAUGCUUAUAAUGACCUACGGUUAUUACGAACUAAAAUUAGUGGACCCUUUGAGUUUGUUAUAAGGGUAGUUUACUGUAUGUAAUCUCUCUUGCAAGAUCUGGAAAUCCAGCCUAUUGUUUCAUUCACAGUUUGUGAUCAUUUGUUACAGAAUAUUGUUGAACCAGGUUGACAGUCUCCAGUCAUUGUAUAGCUGCUGUAAGUCUUACCAGUGUUAUGCUUUUUGUUUGUCAUUACUUGCUGAAGUGCUUUUUUAGGUCCAAAUGAAUUAAUUAUUAGAAGUUCAAUUUCGCCUGAUCAACUUCAGAAUUCCUUCACUCUAUUGAGAUUUGUUUUGAGUCAUAAAUGACAACACUGUAAGGAGUAAUUCAAAUCUGUGUUGUAGUCACUGUCAAGACAGUCAGAGAUGAAUAUCCCUCCAUGUACAGUCGGCAAGAAACUCUGUCAUGUUAAGCUUGUCCGCAUGUGUAUCUUUGUCUUCACUCGUAACUGUCAACUAUCCGGCGUCCUUCAUGCACCAGUGAACAUCCUCAUAGGAAAUCUGAAAUUACAUCCUGAAGGGAAAUAUGAUCAGAAGAAAAAUAUUUCAAGCUUUGCAAGAAGAAACUAUUUGGAUUAAAAUCUAAUUAUUGAUUUAUUGCGGCCUAAAUAUGAAGUUUCAGUGAGAGAUGAGAGAUGAAAUUGUCCAUGGCAGCUGUGAUUUAUCAAAGGUUGUUCUACAAAGGGAUCUGGGGUAGAAUAGGUCUUCGGCAACCCAUUCUUGCCGUAAAAGGCAAAUAUGCUUGUGGUAAGAGGCGAUUAACGGGAUCAGGUGGUCAGGCUCGCUGGCUUGGUUCAUGCAUGUCAUCGAUCCCAAUUGCGUGGAUCGAUGCUCUUGAUAUCAAUCCCUGGAUUGUCUGGACUCGAUUAUUUACAGACCGCCAUAUAGCUGGAAUAUUGCUGAGUGCCGCGUUAAACAAACCAACCAACCAAUCUUAUCGCUUACAUAGGACCUAAUGUCUCUCUUAUUGAGUACUUUGUUUGGACUGUUGUUAGCGUCGAGUCAUUCGAAUCAGGCUCAAAAUGAAAACAUGACAAGGAAUGGGUAUUCGUCAUAACAGAAUGGAGAUACAUGGAUAAACAAAGAAGCGCUGUCUAAAGAGCCUUCCUUGUACGUCCAUAUUGAUUGAAGUCCCCUGCAGUCUAUGUACACGGGCGAUUUAUUUAUUUUCUUCAUCGGUUACAUGGCUUUGUAAUGUAUCACCUAAUAUGAUUACAUACAUUGUAAUAAAAUACGUUUUUUACCA